UUUUGCUGUUCCACCGAAAAGUGGCCCUUUCCUUCGGCACUUCCGUUGUUCCCCAGGACAUUUUGUACAGGUCCUACUAGCUGGGUGGAAAGGAAGGAUUCAGUUAAGGAUGUCGGAAAAAUGUGCACCGGUGUGAAUGCCGGUUCGCGUAAUGAUCGCUGUUCAAUGAGUGGCAAUACCAGCACGGACGAGGACGAGGACGAGGAGGAGACAUCUUCUAGUCCCGGUCAUGGUCAUACGGUUCACAUUAGCCGCGACCGGCUACCGAUCGUAUACCGGCGUGAGUAUUCCGUACGAUUCUGUGGGUUGCAGAAGCUCCAUCCGUUCGAUGCGGCCAAAGGGGCCAACAUCUAUCGAUUGCUGAAGGCCGGAGGGCUCAUACCGAGUGAUGGCACCGUUUACACACCGCCGGAAGUAACACUCGACGAGCUACUAGAUGUGCACACGAAGCGUUACAUUGAGAGUUUAAAGUGGAGCCUAAAUGUGGCCAAAAUAGCAGAAAUCCCACCGUUGAUGUUUGUGCCAAAUUGCUUCGUACAGCGCAGUUACCUGCGCCCGAUGCGUUACCAGACCGGAGGGACACUGCUGGCCGCACGCAUAGCACUACAGUCAGGCCUUGGAUGGGCCAUUAAUUUGGGUGGCGGUUUCCAUCACUGUAGUGCCGAUCGGGGUGGAGGCUUCUGCCCUUACGCAGAUAUCACGCUCACCGUACGCAUGCUGCUGGCGGGAGGAACCGGUAUCGAGCGGAUCCUGAUCAUCGAUCUCGAUGCACACCAAGGAAACGGGUACGCACGUGAUCUGAUGGGUGAUGCGGCCGUGUACAUCUUGGACAUGUACAACUAUCAGAUCUAUCCGCGUGAUCAUCAAGCGAAGCUUGCCAUCAGGCGUGCCGUGGAGCUGAAACCCCAUACAAACGAUGAGGAGUACAUUGGAAAACUGAAAAGAUGCUUGGAGCAAUCGCUCGCAGAGUUUCAACCCAACUUUAUCAUCUACAACGCCGGAACGGACGUGCUAAAAGGUGACCCUCUCGGGCUGCUCGACAUCACUCCGGAGGGUGUGAUGGAGCGUGAUGAAAUUGUGUUCCGUGCGGCGCUGAAGCGAUCGAUCCCCUUGGCGAUGUUAAUGAGCGGAGGAUAUCUGCGAAGCUCGGCACGUGUCAUCGCCAAUUCCAUUCUGAAUCUUCGCGCUAAGGCGUUGCUACCGAUGGUUCAAUAAGAGAAAGAAAAGAAGGGAAGAGAAUAUAAUGGAUGUUCCAGCGUAUUAUCCUUGCUGCGGCUCUAGGAUGGAGAUUGCCCUUAUGGUGAAACGAUAUGUGAUUCGGUAUGGCCGUGAUGAGACUUCCUACAUUGCUAGCUCGGUGCAUUAUUACCUGCGAUGAGCGUGCUCCACUUUAUUCUUCGAAUAUUUAAACUUAAUAUUAAUGAUCCAAAAACCUUAAUAAACUAACAACCAACCCAAAUGAUCCUCGGGAUAUACUAUCUUAUGAAAGAACAUUUGGAUGUUUUUGUUAGAAUUAAAUGGAUUAGUC